AUGGAGUUCUUUCGCCAAACGGAGAGGCUGCGACCGGAAAUGCCGAAGAGGAUUAUCGCGGCUUUCGCCAUGACAGAGUUGGAAAUGGAGAGUCCAAGAAAGGUGGCAAGGAAGAAGGAAGAGCGAGACGAUUCGGCAUUGGAAGGUCGUAGCCCCGAAGACAUGCGGGGCUACUGGCUGAAGAUUAAUGAUCGCGGUGUUGAAAAUGCGAACAACAAUAGUAAUCAUGAUGUUGUUAUUAAAAAAAGGGGUCGAGGAAGACCCAAGUUGUAUGUUAAUGGUAUUAGAAAGUGUCGUACUGCGAAGGCUACCAAGAAGUUGGAAGAGAUGUCAAAUUUGAUGUUUUCCCUUCUGUUUAAGUACCGUCACAUUCAUCGCAGUGAUCUGUUGUAG